AUCCAGCUUUUCGAGGGUCGGUGAACGCACCAUGACACUGGCAGCUAGCCUAGCCGGCUAACUUUGCUAAUCUGAUUUAUCGCCCGAGUUAAGCACGCAUAACGCUAGCCAGGAUUACCAAAUUUAGUUUCCCAACAUCUAGCGUUUAACGCAACGUCUACCUGACACCAAACAGCCUCACAUCAUCAGGAUGGCAUCGCUCGGGGAGCCUGUGCGGCUGGAAAGAGAUAUCAACCGUGCUAUUGAACUGCUUGAUAAGCUCCAGAGGACGGGUGAAGUGCCCCCCCAGAAGCUGCAGGCGCUGCAGAGGGUCUUACAGAGUGAAUUCUGUAACGCUGUCAGAGAAGUUUAUGAGCAUGUGUAUGAAACGGUGGACAUCAACAGCAGUCCCGAGGUCAGGGCCAACGCAACAGCUAAGGCAACUGUAGCAGCUUUUGCGGCAAGUGAGGGUCACUCACAUCCCCGUGUGGUGGAACUGCCGAAGACAGAAGAAGGUCUUGGUUUCAACAUCAUGGGUGGAAAGGAGCAAAAUUCACCUAUUUACAUCUCACGGAUCAUCCCAGGAGGCAUCGCUGAUCGUCAUGGCGGCCUGAAGAGAGGCGACCAGCUUCUCUCUGUUAAUGGGGUGAGUGUUGAAGGCGAGCACCAUGAGAAAGCUGUGGAACUCCUCAAAGCAGCUCAGGGCACAGUGAAGCUGGUAGUAAGGUACACCCCCAAAGUCCUCGAGGAAAUGGAGUCCCGCUUUGAGAAAAUGAGGUCGGCGAAGCGCCGGCAACAGAACAACUAUCCCCAGUAGGAUUUUCCCAUGUUGAUGUCCAGCUCCCAUGUCUCUCCUCCUCCUCUAGCCUUCUAGCCAUCUGUUCUGGUCUCUUUCUUAUCUCCCGACCCCAAAAACACAACAUACAUAAGUUUUAGUUGCCUCUCACUCAUUCCCUUCAUUGUGCUUCUACCCUUCUCUGUAGCAUUUUUAUUAUUCACCACUGUUACUGUAAUAGACACUACGACUCUAGACGAACACUAGAAUAAUCACGAUUGUCAGUGUAGGUGGUCUCUCACACGUGUGCAUUAUUUUGAAAGUGACAAUUUGAAUGCAAGUAUGAGUACUUCUGUGACCAUCUACAGAGCUUCUUUGACUGGAAAGGUAGUGUUUUUAAUUCUUUUAUCAGCCACUACCAAGUGCCUCAGGGCAAACAUGUUCAUCCUAUGUACUGUGUUCACUGUUCAUUUUUUCUCUCAAAUGGUUUAAAGUCGAGUACUGGUAAUUAAAUGUUUGUGGCAGGAAUCACUACAUGCUUUGCAAAUGUUAUUUUCAAAGAUUGUUUAAUUUGAGUAUAAAUACAUUUUCAUUUUAACGGCCACUCUACACGCAAGUCCAGAAUAGCUGGAGGAGUUGGUGUCAGUUUGAAUUUGUUAAAAAUUAUUUUUGGUAAUAAGGGAAACCACUGAAAGGACACAUAAAAUCAAAUGUGAUGGAUGAUAUUGAAGGUUUUUUUCUGGGUUUGAUGUCAAACUUUUCUUUCUGUUAAACCACACGGUUAACAAGUGAUAUAAAAGGAUCUCAGCAAUUCAUGAACUAAAUUCCUGCCAUUACACAGACUCACAGUUUUACUUUGAUCUAAGUAAUAAACCGUCACAAGCAUAAUCUCUGCAGUCAGCAUGACACAAGAUGAAACCUGUUCAGCUUCUGAUUCCUUUUUCUUGACGUAAAUCAGCAUUUUAUAAGUUGUGUUUGUCUUUAGUCAGGUACAGAACAUUUACAUAACAUUUAUCUGUGAUCUUUGUUAAAAUCUGCUUGUUAGUGUUGUUUGCAUCAUUUAGUGACACUUCAGAGCAAAGUAAGACAUUCAUGAUAUCAAGCAUUGUUUGUCACAGUAAUGUGAGUCAUUGUUCUCAAGAGUGAAAGGGCAGAUGCUGAUAUCACACACAUUGUUCAUGGCCAUUCAUCAAGACUUUAUACAGUUUUUAGGGCAUUAUGUUGCGCAUCUGUUGUUUUUUACUAUUUAUUUCUCCACUUCUGACUCGAAACAAAAAGUGUGUCUUAAAUGAAGCUUUCGUUACUUUUGGAUUUUUAUAUAUUGAUUUCAUUAAGAUCUUUAAGUGGUUUAACAUGUCCACAACACCAGGACUGGAAUAAGGAUCAAUCAACAGUGCAACUAUAGAUUUUAAUCAUUUACUUAAGCAAUGUGUUGAAACCUAUCUGGGUCUGACAAUUAAUGUUUUGCUAUAUAGUACCAAGACAUCUCUGUCAUUUCUUUUCAUUACUAUAUUUAAUUAUUCAAUAUAUAUUAACAAAAGUAUUUAUUUGAAGACUUUUCUUGCUAUUCCAGCAAAGGGAACAUUAGUGUAGUGAUUGUCUGGAUGAACCCUCCUCAUUCACUCUUUCAGUGUGACAACAAACUUUCACUCAGAGACUUAUCCACACAAAGUGUUUUGUUUCCAUGCUAGAUGCAAUAUCCUGUAUAAAGCAUAUAUGUAGUUUACAUCAUCCCACAAAAUAGGCUAUAGUUGUGCAAGCCAUAGGAUUUUCAAAUCCCAUAGUUGAGACAGGAAGGUGGUAGCGAUGAGAUAGUUAUUUAUUGAAUGGAAGGAGGAUAAAGGAACAUAACCGUGUAUGAAAGCAGGACCGCUUUUAGCUUCGCUGUAGCUUCUGUGUUUCUUUGAAUGGUGUCAUUAAGGUCCUGCACUGUUUGUCCUCUGGUGUUGAACCGUUCUUCAGAAAUGAUUUGUUUUAUGCCGUGUACUGUUAAAUCCAGUUUGUCACUUUGCAAGUGUUUUGGCAUCAGUUGUCAAGACUUGACAUGAUGACGAUAAACAGCCGCACACUUAUUGUGACCGAGGCGUCUGAAAUUAGGUCACUGACAGUUUCCAUUCGCUUGUGUGAUGAAGUAAUUUCAAAGCUUUUCUCACUUUUUUCAAUCAUUUAUUUUUUCCGCCAUCUGCUAACAUACAUUUAGGAUCAACUAACUGUUAAAUUGUUUUUAGUCAAUUCCUUCAGCAAACUGUAAAUAGCUUACUAAAAGGUCUUAAAGUCCAUAGGUAGAUUUUAGCAUGAAAUUAUUUAUAUUGUUUUAACCAGAAUAUGAGUGUGUGUUUCAGGGAUCUGGAAAAUGUUCUUUAAAGGGUUGCAUCACUAAAUGUUUAAAAAAACAAAAAAAACAACUGUCAGUGCAAGAUUAGGGAAAUAUCGGUUGUUGUUUUUCUACAAUAAAGUGAGUAUAAUUCGGUGAUGAUGUGAUAUUUUUUCCUUAAUAAUUGGAACUGAAAGUAAAAUUCAAAGAAAACAAGUUGCUGAUUUAAAUUUGUUGCAGCCUCUACAUUUGUCCAUUAUUAGUUCAAUUCAGAAUAGACUUCAGUUGAAAAUGAUUACAAUUCACAAUAACAGGAGGAAGUGGUGUGAUAGAAAUGAAUCAAUUUGGUUCUCAGACCCCUGAUGGUCAAGGUUGAAAGCGGGUGAGGGCGUGUGUAGUGUGGGAGACUCCUCCUCGGGAUGUAGACGCUAAUGGUGCUUGAUAGGACAGAGGAUGUGGAGGAGGGUCACAGCAAAUAAUAGAAAUUACUCCUAAAACAGAACAGGUUUAAAGUUUUAAAGCAUCGACGUGAUUGGCUGAUGGGAUUACUGUAAACACCUAACAAUCAGAAGAGGCAGGGAGAGAGAGAGAGAGAAUUGUGAAUGAAAGUCUCCCUGAGAGAACAUGCGCUAAACGUCCUAUGUCAGUCUGUUGUUCCUUUAACUGUCAGGUUAUCUGCAGGACUGUUCACAGUUGAAAGUGUUGGUAACUUAAAUCAAAUUGUGUGUCUCUUUAAAUCCUUUACUUCAGAUAAAAAAUCCUUAAUUUCGGGGACAACGUCUAAAACAAAACACAUACACACACAGAGUACUGCAAAUCCACUAUCUAUGCAAGGUCAUUUCAAAACUUGUAUUGGAGCAAAUUAGUUUUACUGCAGAACGUUUUUGACAUAUAUGACUUAAAGGCCGAGUGGACAAAUGUAGUGUGUAGGGAGCCGCUGCACUCAAAACUUUGGAUUUACAUGAUGAGAUGUUUGGUUUGUUGUAACAAUCUAACAUUGAUCACCAUCAAGUGAAAGUUCCCAUGUGAUAUUAGCCUUUCUACCUAAUUAACGAUUGUCCGGAUGUAUGUAGGAGAAUAUAUGACAGUGUGGUUUUUAGUUUGACCAUUCCAUAGGUUUCUCGUUAUGAGGCAGAACAUUUAGCAGGAGAGCAGGGUGUACGGAUAUGUUGAAAUGUCUUAAUAUAAUGUAUCUUUUGUCCCUUAUAAUUGUGUUUUAUCCAGCUUUAGAUAUGUAAUGAAACUGCUCUCACACAUGACAAGUAAAUCAGGAUGAAAAACGUAAUGAGACUUGGUUAUUGAUCUUGCACAGUCUCCAUCUCCACUGAAUGUCGCUGACCAUCGUCUGUUAGUUGCAGAACCUUUGUGAAGUCAACUUUCUACCACUCCUCCUUGUCUAUAUUGGAAUGGUCAAUAAAGUAUUUUUUAUAAUAGUUUUCUUUUGAUAUUUUUCUCAAUUUUUAUAAGUGGUUUUCCUAAAAAAUAAAUACCAGGAAUAAUUGGUACUUCCAUUUUGACUUGUGUACCAGGACAUGUUUCAGCGAAGUCUCUCUGAAAUGCGGCGCGGAUGUGGAAUAGAUCUUGCGGCGGUAUGAACGAACAAAACCGUCCUCGGUCAGCGCUUCUAUUCUGAGACCUGAACUGAUUUGUCUUUUCUCUUUAGUACCAAGACCAAACUUGCGACGUUUGUGAACAUUUUUGAUAAUGUUUUAAAAAUGUUUUAGUCAGUGCUCGUUUAGGAUUAUUACCAGUAGACUGUUGUUUUACGUUGUGUUACCUAAUUUACUGUGCUAACGUUGGUGUGGAAUGUAAACUGUUGUGAUGUAGAACGUAACAAUAAUUUGACUGGAGGCUGAAUAAACCGUGCUUCAAUGUG